AUGAGAAUGCUAUUUCCAUUCUAAUAUUAAGUAGCAGAAUGCGAGGGAGAUGAAUAGGAUUAAUCAAUGAACAGACCCUAUUUAGGUUGCAGUUUGAGAUCAAUGAUAGAUAAAGCAGGCAUGAUAGUGUUGCUUGUCAACACAGAAUCACCAGGCUGGUAAGCAGGACUGAAGAUUGGAGACAUCAUUCUUGAGAUCGAUGGAGUUAAGGUGAAUAAUAUUAAUGAUUACUAUGCCGCAAUUGCUAACACUUAAAACAAAUUGAAAGUUUUCAAGCUACUUAGAAACGGAGAAGAAAGAAUAUUCGAAGUUUCUCUCAAGUGA